CGCACACACACCACAACCAAGCACAACAACCAAGCAAGGAGCAACAGCGAAGAUGAGUGAUGAUGACAACGACAGCAAGGUGGUGGAGGAGAUGAUGGAGCAAGAAGCGACGGAUGGGGGACAGAGGGAAGACGCAGCAAGGGACAUGGCGGUUGAGGAAGAGGCGAACAGCCUGGGCAAGCAAGAGCAAGAGAAAGCGGGGGUGAUGGAGCAAGCGCAGAUGGAGGAGAAGGAGGCCAAGAAGAACGAGGCGGAAGACAACGCAUCCCAGCCCGUUCACGUUGAUGGUGAUGCACAAGCACAGACAGAGGAGCAGGAGCAGGAGGAGGAGGGGCCGGAUAAGAACACACAGUCCCGCACGCACCAAGUGCAAGUGGAGGCGGCUGAGUGCGGCCAUCAUGGCACAACAGCAGAAGAAGCACAACAACAACAGUCACAACAGCAGCAGCAGCCACCAGCACCGCAGGCUGAGGAACAAAAGGACUCACCUCAAGAGCCACCUGCACAGCCACAACAACAGCAGUCGCAACAGUCGCAGCAACAACAACAACAACAGCAGUCGCAACAGUCGCAACAGUCGCAGUCGCAGCAGCAACAGCCGUCUCCUGCUCCAGCGGCUGCUGUGGAACAUGACGUGUACCCUGUCAAGUGGAUUACCUUCAACUCCCACCACAUCCCCAUCUUAUGUCAAAAUGAGAAUGGUGCAUGUCCCAUCUUGGCCAUUGCCAACGUGCUGUUGCUGCGCCAACGCAUCACCCUUCCACAGAACGUGGGCGAGAUCACCUUUGACCGUCUGGUGCAGAUGGUGUCGGACCUGUUGUGGGACGAGGACACGACGCGGCUGACAGACGUUGAGCGGGCAGCGCGCGAGCACUCCAUCACCGCCGCCAUGGAGGUACUGCCCCGCAUGAAGUACGGACUUGACAUCAACCUCCGCUUCCAAUCGCCCACCAGCUUCGAGUUUACGCAGGAGCUCAGCGUCUUUGAUCUCUUCAACAUCAGUCUGUAUCACGGGUGGGUCGUUGAUCCCCAGGAAACCGACGUCUUUCCUCUCCUUGAAAACAAGAGCUACAACCAGGUGAUUGAGGCUGUGGCGAUGGCGAUGGACGAUGGCGCAACAGAGGAGCAGCGCACGCGUGCUCACGUGAUCAAGGCCUGGCAUGACGCAACAUCGUCGCAGCUGACAUACUACGGGCUGGCUGAGAUCACGCAGACAAUGCAGCCAGGCGCUCUGGCUGUUCUCUUCCGCAACAACCAUUUCUCUGUCAUCCACAAGCACAACAACAUGCUCCUCACUCUCGUCACAGACGCAGGCUUCAGGGGCGUUCCCGUUGUAUGGGAAACGCUCAACAACGUCGAGGGCGACAGCGAAUUUCUCACGGCAGACUUUACGCGUCCGUCUGAUCUCUCCUCAUACACGGAAGCAGGCGCCACCGCCUUUGAGUCCCCACUCCAACAGCAACAGCGCAUCGCUGACGAGGAGCUGGCGCGACAGCUGCAGGAACAGGAGCAGCUGAUGGCCGCACAGCAGCAGCAGCAACGUGGUGGUGGACAGCACCCACGGCGCCAGCAACCGCAGUCUCAGGCCCAGCAGCAGCAGCAGCAGCAGCAACAACAACAACAGCAGCAAUGGCAGCAGCAGGCACGCCCACCAGCAGCCACCACAACACCGUCGUCAUCACACACAGCACCGCAAUCAGCGGCUCCCGAUGUAUCGUCAGAUGAAAUGCUUGCACGCGCACUGCAGGCACAGGAAAACCAAGCAGCAGAGCAGCAGCAACGGCAACAACAACAACAACAGCAGCAGCAACAGCAGCAACGCAGAUCACCACGGCAGCAGCGACGCCAGCCACCGCCCCAACAACAGGCGCGCGCACAGCAGCAGCAGCAGCGGGAUGCGGGCGGCGGUUCCAGGUGCACGAUACAAUGACAUGCUUAACGUCGAUCAGUGUCUUGUUUCUGGUUCUUCAUUCAUCAACUGGACACUUCUUACCUGCUUCUUGUGGCGCUUGCUCUGUUGGCUGGCUGAGACUUGGUGUACAACACAUCGCUUUGAAUUGUUUGUGUGUUUGGUUGAUUGUUUGCUUGCGUGCGGAUUUGUGUUUGUUUCAUGGGCGUUUCAUGGGGCAGCAGGUAACAGCGGGGGGCAAGGUUGGGUAAGGCACGAAAUGAAAACACUGAAGAAGCAC